CAGCAGCAGCACGAUUUCUUCAUCCAUCGGGACAUGGAGUCUGGGAACGUCCCUCGGGAAAUCGCAGAGGGCUUGGUAGAGAUCUCCUGGUAUUUCCCCGGGGGGAGGGAGAGUUCGGAUCCUUUCCAGGAGCCCAUUGCGGUUAUUAACCUGCGAGGAGACAUUGAGUCCCACCGGCUGCAGUUCAGCUUCCUGGCAGAGGUCUCCUCCGCUGUGUUCAUAUUCGCUGACUGCAUCAGUGAGAGAAAAUACAAACUCCUAUCAUCACUGCAGGACUUGAGAACAAAAUUCUACCUCAUACUCAACCCCAGAAGUACUAUACCCAGUAAAACACAGGGAUUCCUCAAUAAACUGGCCCUGCUGCUCAAGCUGACCCAGUCCCACGUGCUUGUGAAGGAUAACACUGCAAACGAUUCAGACUUUGUGACAAGGCUGCAGGACACCUUAGCACACCUGAUGAAGCAGCCCCAGAGAACACUGAGCGUAGAGGACAUGGCUGUGACAGCGCGUGAACUAGGAAUCCAGGUAGACGAGGACUGCGAGGAAUGUGCGGAAGUGAGAAAGAGAGCAGACGAAAUCACUGGGGAAAUAGGGGCCGUUGGCGAGUACAAGGGCAGAGCACUGACGCUCCAAGGGGUCCCAUGGACAUGCCUGGCUGAAGUAGAAAGAGAAUUCUGUCGAAUGAAGAAGCAAGGGGAAACCCCCACAGAGAUCUAUAAAUCUCAGCUGAGGUGGAAAUUGCUGGAGUUACGGACCCAGCAGAACGGGCGUGAACUCACGGGUAGGAUGGGGAUAUUUAAGGCAUCACUAGAACAGCUCAAUCCAGUGGAAACACACUACUUCCUGAAAUGGAUGAAAUUCAGACUGGAUCACAUUGCUAGGGAGAAUCUUUCCAAACUGCGGGCUGAAUAUAAGGAGACAUACAGGACUCCAGGCCAUAGCCUCGAGCAGCUAGCAAAGCUAGAUGAAUUAAUUGCAGCCAGUUCCUUAGGGUUGGAGCAUUUCAUGCGGGAGCUGGGGCAGUUUUAUGAGGCAGAACACUCAGUGCGUAAGGACGGCGAAAUAGCCCAAAGCCACAGGCGGUUCACCCAUCUCCCAGGCACAGCCGCUGACCUGAUGCUGAGCGGAUUUGCUCUAGAGAUCAUCGAUGGAGACGCAUCCCACGUCCCGCUGCAGUGGGUGACAGAUGUUCUGACCGAGCUCCAUGCCAAGCUGGGGGGAAAGUCCAGGUUGCUGGUUGUGUCAGUGCUGGGCGUGCAGAGCACCGGCAAAUCCACCCUGCUGAACUCCAUGUUCGGCCUGCAGCUGGCAGUGAGCAGCAGCCGAUGUACGCGAGGAGCCUUCAUGACGCUCAUUAAAGUUGCAGAGAAGUUUCAGCAGGAGCUUGGCUGCGACUUUAUCCUGGUGAUAGACACAGAAGGCUUGAGAGCCCCUCAGCUGGCCAAACUGGAGGACAGUUACGAACAUGACAAUGAGCUGGCCACACUGGUGAUUGGGUUAAGCGACAUAACGAUCGUUAACAUGGCCAUGGAGAACACCAGCGAAAUGAAGGACAUUCUGCAAAUCGUGGUCCACGCCUUUCUCAGGAUGAAAGAAAUAGGGCACAAACCCAACUGCCAGUUUGUGUAUCAGAACGUCAGUGACGUGUCUGCCCACGAACAAAACAUGAGGGACAGGAAUCAUUUCCUGGAACAUCUCAAUGAAAUGACCAAAGCUGCAGCGAGGAUGGAAAAACUAAGCAGGGAUCUGACUUUUUCUGAUAUUAUGGCGUAUGAUCCGGAAAAACACAACUGGUACAUCCCUGGGCUGUGGCAGGGAGUCCCGCCCAUGGCGCCAGUGAACCUGGGGUACAGUGAGAGUGUUUAUGAGCUAAAGAAAUACUUCAUUGAAUUUAUGAGAAGCCGGACACCUAACAAAGCCCCCAGGAACAUCCUCCCGUUUACCAAAUGGGUGAAGAGUCUGUGGAACGCUGUGAAACAUGAGAACUUCAUCUUCAGCUUCAGAAACAGCAUGGUAGCUGAGGCCUAUAACCAGCUCUCUCUGAGGUAUUCGGAGUGGGAGUGGGAGCUCCGCAAGGAGAUGCAUCUCUGGGUAUGUGGCCAAGAAAUGGCAAUUCAGAACCAGCCACCCCAAGAAAUAAAUAAACUAGAUUCUGGAAACUUAAAACAGGAGGCGCAAGAAAAAGUGCAGCAAGGGGAAGAGAAGAUUUUAUUUUCUUUACAGGAAUACUUUGAAAGUGGAGCUAGAAACCUGACAGAAAAGUACAGGGAAGAUUUUAUUAGAAGCACAAAGAGCCUCAAGACGGAACUGGAACAUUACUCAGCCAGCAAGUGUGAAGAUGCGAUUCUUAUUACAAAAAGCAGGCAUAAGAUAGACAAUAUCCAGGCCGAGUACAUGAGAAUGACGGAAAAGAAAGUCGUCAGCCUUCUGGAAGAUUGCAAGAGAAGAAAACUUAAUCUGGACAAGAAGGAACUGGAAGUAGAAUUUGAAAUGAUGUGGAAGGAAGCAGUGUCUGAGUUAAAGCUCAUUAGUUUACAGAAACGCCAGGUUUCCCAAGAUCUAGAGUUCCAGCUGAGAAAGGACCUAGAGAAUCGAGGGAGCACAGUAAGGCAGAAACUUCAGGAAGCAGGAAAUUUGUGCAGUUACAGGAUUAAAUCUUUCACUGUGGACAAUGAGUAUUUGGAUUUAACGUGUUUCAGGGACAUGAGAGAAUCGGUCACACAGGAAGACUGGCACAAAGUAGAGGAAUUUGCUCGUUCUUUAAUGGACAAGUGCCACCGUUAUAUCGAAGAGAAGGUGAAUUCCAAAGCGGAUUAUGAUGAGACCUAUGGCAGAGAACUGCUGCAGAUGAUCAACGAGAGGCUUCAGCAGGAGAAUGUGCCAAACCUUCACACUAAUGCUUGCUUUGAAGUUGAGCUGAAACUUCAUAUUUUGGGGGAGGCGGCCCAUGCAUUCCAGGAGAUGCAUGAAAACUUUAUCAAAGAAAAUGAUCCCCAGGAACGGCUGGAGAAAUUGAAACCUCAGUAUUUGUCCCCAUUUAUACACCUGUACUUGGAAAAAGAUCCCUGCCAGCAGAGAGCCAGGCAUUUCUGUGAGCAUUGUCUCAAACCUGCCCUGGCAGAACAUGUUAACAAAAGACUGGGAAUCAGGAUAGUAGAUGACCUUUCCAGAAGUGAGGCCAAUGGUUACCGCAGCCGGGCCUGCUUCCAGCUCUCUGUGCUGCAGAAGCUGCUGGAAGAGAUGGACUUUGACAACUAUAAGAAAUACAUUAACGACUAUGAAAGUUUUGUCAAAGCAGAGAUACGGAGAGACAUUUCAGAUCACUAUGGAAACAGAGAAAGUGUCGAAGCUCUCGAAGCAGAGAUCCUUUCCGCCAUCAUCGAGAAAGUCAGAGGAGCUCUAGAGAUGCCAACCGAUGGGGGAACGAGCACAGUCUCUGACUUUGUAGCAAACGUUUGCAGGCUGUUACAGAAAGACCUAGUCCUCCCCAGAGACAGUUUGGAAACAACGCUCUUUCAAUUUACAGCCAGUGCUGAUACCAGCCAGUUUUCUGCUGACAUUCAGGACUCUCUCUCUGAGUUGGAACUGAACCUGGCAUCAGAAUUUAAAGCUGUGAACAUAGAGGAGAAACUCUCCAAGCUCCAGGUGAAGCCCCAGGCUGAGCUGUUCAAGAGAGUGUUUGGCUGUGGGAAGCAGUGUCCGUUCUGCGGAGUCCCCUGUGAAGCAGAAAGCUCAGCUCAUACGGAGCACUUUGCACCAGUACAUCGGCCCCAGGGACUGAGGCGACGCAGGGAUCACAUCACAAAACAACUUGACUAUUCGUUAUGCUCCUCUGAUGUGGUCUCUAAUGCUUUCUUUAGCAAAUCAGAUACAAAAGGGAAACUGGUUCCCUUCAGAGAUUACCGCCUGCAUUACCCAGACUGGCGCAUUCAGCCAGACCCCAGCAGUGAGGCUUCUGAUUACUGGAAGUUUGUGUUUAAAGAAUUUAAUUGCCAGUUUGCCAGUGAGUAUAAGGCUAAGCCAGCCGGCCUCCCAGAAGACUGGGGGAAAAUAACCAAAGAGCAGGCACUGGAGAGCAUAAAGGGCAUCUAUAGCAGGGAUG